AUGGCCGCAACCACCGAACCGACUACGAAGACACCAGGGGGUGUCCCGCGAGCCACGCCUGGGCGCGGCUCGCCAGCGCGUGCGCCUACCGCACCCGCAGUCGUCAACGAUGGACCCGCUCGCGAGAGCGGGAAGCGAGACGAUAAGAUCCUCGCCGCGCUCGCCGCACUCACCGAUCGACUGGCGAGCCUCGAGUCGUCGCAGAGAGUGCGAGACGAGGAGGAGCGCAUGCUCGGGGCCGUGGAGAGCGGACUGUUCGCCUCGAAACUCGGCGCCAACAUGCGUGACCGACCGAUGACGAUAGACGCGAUCGGAGAAGCGGAGGAGAAGGCACCGGUGUCACGUGGAUACCAGCGCGCGACUGAUCUUGGCGCGUCGCGAUUCGCAUCGCUCAGGCCACCUCGCGCGCGAGCAGCACCGCAGCUGCAGCAGCGCGCACCAGCGUCUGCGCCACCUCCGCAGGAGCAUGCAGCGCUACCUCCGCCGCAACAAUUCGCUCCGCCACAAGCCUAUGUGCGACCGGGCCUCAACGGCUACGGGAUGCCGUCCGCUAGCCAGCGGAAGUUGAACAUACGCAAGUUCGAUGGUACGGAGCUGUACCGCGGACUCGGGAGCGGAUUCUUUGACCGGGGGCGUACGUUUCUGCGCGCGGUGAGCCUCGCGGAAGCGUCGUGUGGUUUCGGAUGGACCGAAGACGUCAAGGUCGACCUGCUUGGGCACUUUCUCGCCAGCACGGCUAAGAGGUACUAUCACAAGCAGGUCGAUACCUGGUGGACGCAAUCACCCACACUGGAGUACAUCAUGGAGCAGCUCCUGCGCACGUUCAAGACGUCAAUCACUGCAAGCCAGGCGAUGAAGUUAAUCAUGGCAAAGAAGGACGCACGACGCACCUGGGCCGAGCACUUCCUGUACAUGGUCGCCGUCAGCGAGGCACGCGGUGGUUCCGACUCGCUUGUUCUUGAUAACAUCGUCCACCACGCUUCGCCGGAGCUGGUGAACGUGAUGCGCUCCAAGUAUGAGACCACUCGACUCGACUACCUGCGCCAUGCUGAGGAGCUGGCGCACUUCGCGCAGUCCAUUGAGCACGGCAGCAGCGCGGUGGGUCGUGAGGUCGUCGCCGCGCACGUGGAAGGCAAACCCAAGGGCGCGAUCACGUGCUACCGAUGGGGGCGACCAGGCCACAUCGCAGCCAACUGUCGCGCGCGAGUCGUGCACGAAGACGAGACACCCGCGGAGGGCGGAGGCGCCAGCAUGAUCCUUGCACUGACCGAGAAGCGCAGAGCGACCACGAAGAAGCGCAACAGGAGGAAGAAGGGCUCGCGCGGCAAGGACGCCGCAGCGACCAAUGUAAGUGAUGGGGCGCGAACCAUAGACGACUCAUGCGGCUUCGUGCUUACGACGAGCGACGGAGUAAGAGCCACGGACGGCACGAGCGGCCUCGUACUUGCGGCGACCGAUGCCACGGGCGUCGACCGAGGAGACUGGAUCCUCGAUAGCGGCGCGAGCCGGCAUCUUGUCAACGACGAGUCGCUGCUGCUCAAGUCGACGGCUUGCAGCCACGAGAUUGCAAUGGCAGACGGCGAGUCGCUUCACCUGACGCGUGUCGGCAGCGUGCGCCUCGAGGUUCUUGCGCGCGGCGCUGAAGCGGUAGUGACGCUCACGGAUGUGUACUUGGCGCCGCGACUGGCAAAGAACAUUGUGUCGUACGGCAAGCUCGCCAACAAAGGAUUUGCCCUAGUGCACUCCGGCGAAAGGCGCUCGCUCGCUCGGUGCAGAGAUGGCCACGCGCGACAAGGAAGGUGCAACGGAGACGCGAUCAUGGCGGCGCUCGAAGCGCAUGCAACGGAAACCAACGCCGAUGAGCCGCACGAAGCCUCGCUGUUGCACUGGCACCAGAGACUCGGCCACGUUGCGUUCGACACGAUCGAACGCAUGGCGCGCGAUCCGGCAUCGGGCAUUCGACUCAGCAACAACAAGCGUAUGGCGUGCGUGUCGUGCCUCGAAGGCAAGCAGAAGCGCAACGCGCAGUCCCAACAAGACAGCGGCAAGAACUCGCCCAUCGAUCGCAUCGGCGGCGUCAUCUGUUCGGACCUGAAGGGUCCAAUGACGCCGCGGGACCGACUCGGCAAUCGUUACCUUGUGAACUUCAUUGGUCACAAGAGCAACUACUGCCGAGUCUUCCUCGCGCGCACGAAGGACGCUGCGGCGAGGCAGUUCGAGGCGUUCCUCGUCCACUUCGAGAAGCUUUUCGGGUUCAAGGUCCACGUGCUCCGCACGGACGGCGGCAGAGAAUACGCCAACGUGGACCUGUUCUGCGAGCGCACGGGCGUCGCGCGCCAAGUGUCGGAGGCGCGAAAUCAGGCCUCAAACGGCAAGGCGGAAAGAAUGCACCGGACAGUGCUGAACCUUGCGCGCAGCAUGAUGUUUGCCUGCGCGCUGCCCCUGAUGUUCUGGGGAGACGCGGUACUAUACGCCGUUCACAUCCUCAACCGGAGCCCUACGCGAGCAAACGCAAAGAGAGCGUCACCACUCGAGGUGCUGACGGGCAAGACGCCGGAUCUGCGUGGAAUUGUUGUUUUUGGCUCCCAGUGCAGCGUGUAUAGAGACCCGCGCAAGAACUUGCUGCUGCAGCGCUCGGGGCGCGCCAUCAUUGUCGGCGUCAGCGAGGAAACCAAGGGCUACAAGGUGCUGCUGCCGCGUGACAAUAAAGCGGUCGUCACGCAGCACAUCAAGAAUAUCGAGACACUGACGGAGGCGCAAAACGCGCAACUCCAGCGCGCGAUGGACGUCGGCGAUCGAGCCGGAGGCCAGGAGGAGACGGACGCGCCAGCAGCAGCAGUGGCGAACGAUGGUCGCGCAGAGGGCAACAUGGAGACGCGUAAAAGCAGAAAGAGAUGGACGCGAAAGGCCCAUGGAACACGCGGGGCGUUGAAACGCGCAGAAGCGGCUGCUCGUCAGGAGGAGACAGCCGCGAGCGGAGAAGUCGUAAAUGCUGCUUUCGAGCAUGAUCCGCUUAACUACGGACAGGCGAUGCGCAGCGGCAAGCGCGAAGGGUGGAAGAAGGCGAUGCAAGAGGAGAUCGCCGCGCUCGAGGCCAACGACGUAUGGACUAUCACAAGGCGAACGGCAGGACAGCAUGCGCUGCACACAAAAUGGGUCUAUAAGACCAAGACAGAUGCACAGGGCGACCUCGAGCGGCUGAAAGCGCGACUGACGGUCAAAUUGAUCCUGGCUCUUGCUGCUACGUGGGGAAUGCCUGCCAAGCACGGUGACAUCCCCAACGCCUACGUUAAAGCGGACAAGGAGCCGCACCUGCGCAUCUAUCUACAGAUGCCGCGCGGCAUGCCAGUCUCGAAGGAGACGCUACGAGCGCAAGGCGUUUCGAACACGAGCGAGCUGGUGCUGGAGCUGCGGAAGAGCCUCUACGGGCUCAAGCAGGCAGGCCGGCUGUAG